AGAAAAUGUUACGCAUUCAAAUUUUUUUUAUUACAAUACGAUGUAUAGCGAUGUUUUUUUUUUAGAAAUCUAUUAGAAUUGCAGUAAUACUCUGUUAGAUAAAAAUUAAUUUUGCUAUUAGAAUAUAUAUUUACGAAUUAUUAAAUAUUUUUAAUAAGCAAUAUUAUAAGUAGGGUUCCAAUAUUUAUGAAAUUCUUAAUUUUUUCACGAACAUAUCGCAGGACUGUAUUCCAUAAUUAUUUAAUAAUUCUUACUUAAAAAAACAAUAAAAUGUUUAUAUAGAAAGCUCAGAAUAAUACGUGUUUAAUACACGUGAAAUAAUAAUAAGAGUUCGCUGAUUUAAACAUUAUUCUAAUGUGAAGUUUAGACAAUUAACAAUUUUGUCCAUUUAGUUUGUACGCGCUUAAAAAUCGAUCCAAUAUUUGUUCAAAAGACCCUAUGGAUAUGAAAACUAUGUAAAUACAAUGUCCUUUCUUCUUCUUAGUAAUUUAUAACGUUUUUUUUUCAUAUUUAUACUGAUAUUACUUUACCUGUAUAUAUUCGUUAUAAGCGACGAAAUUGUCAAAUUUUACUAUCAUCAGAUGGUGCUUCGAUCACCACGGAUUUCGUUUCUAAAUCUUGUUUCUUCUUAACAAAUCAUCGUUCAAUUUUUGUUACUAAAACAUUAAACAGAAUUUAUGAACGUUUAAUGCAAAAAUAAUGUAAGUUCAUUUACGAAUGAAAAAAAAGAACAAAAAAAAAUGUAAAAGUAAAUGUUAUUAUAAGCAAAUAAAAAAAAAUUCAAUUAAAGAAUUCAUAUUUUGAUAUUUAUCAAUGCAUAGUUGGUAUACACAUUCAUUCUUCUCAACAGUGUCAUCUGUGUCUAUUGUAUAUUAUUUGUAUUGUCGGAUAGUUAAAAAUAGUUGAAAAGUAAAUCUUCAUAAAUCGAUCUAUUUGAUAAAUGCAUAUGUGAAUAUAUAUGUGUAUAUAUAUGUUCGAAUAAAAAAUAUUUUUCUCUUAUUAAUGGCUGCGAAUGACAUUAAGCAAACUCUUAGAAAAUUAGAUUUUCCUUACUGUGCUAAAGAGGCAUUAGCCAGAAUCGAAAUAUUAUGCAGCAGACCCGGAAAACAAAUGGAUCUUCAAGGGGAUCUAAUGACAGAAUUUAUUUUUGGAGAAAUAGAAAGACGUAAGAAACGUAAUAUGACCGUUGCUAUGCAGGAGUUGCAACUUAUCGAAGUUUUAAGUGACUUUUUUCAAAGUCCGGGUGGUAGUCCAGCAGUACGAAAUGCUGUUUUUCUGUCAUUGUUUCCAGCAGAAAGUCCAAGAUAUAAAAUUUUAGGCAAUUUGGUAUCUCUAGCAAUUGCUACUCAAAAUAAAGCAAUCCUUAAUGCAACUGGAAUUUGGAUGCAGCAAUUGGGUUCCACUUCAUCUCAAAGCGUAGGACUGGCAAGGCAUGUACUCAAUGACUAUUUUGUCCUUACACCAAAAUCUAUUGACAAGCUAAAGCAGCUUCCUGUCCUUGCCUCCCAUUUCACCGCAAACUUACUGACGGCAAUAGGUGAAGUUUAUGAAGAUAAAGAUCCGCCUACGGAAUUGCUCAAAUUAAUAGGAGAAUGGAUAGAUGAAAAUCCAAGUUUAUUAUUAACACCUUUGAUGGACAAUCCUGCAUUGCCAAGCGGUGGUAUACCUAUGACACCAAUAACACCUAUAGCUGGUCUUUUCAGAUGGUGCAUUUUAAGUCCAUUACGCUUUGAUAUUACAGUCAAUGGUGAACAGGAAGAUCGGAAAAAGAGUUAUUCCAAAAUUCAGCAGUUACUUAUGGACUCUGUAUUGAGGUUGAAGAGCGGUGGGACUAACAAACAUGCUAUAUCUGCACAACAUUUAGCAGCUACUGUUCGAGUAUUAACCACUACUUUACAGACUUGUACAAAUAUAAAUUCUGCAUUACGUGAUUUAGCAAUGGAGAGAUUAGCUCAAGCUGUGAGUGCAGCAAUGUCCGCAAAUUGUAUUUACGGUAAUAAACAAGAAUUACUAGCACUGCUACAACCACUGUCAUAUCAACAUUUUUUAAUUGAAUGGACUCUACAAACAUAUACUUCCAAAACUGCUUAAUAAGUAUUCUUUAGUUACAAUUAAUUUUAAAGAAAGUAUAUUGUUUAAGUUGAUCAAGAUGAUGAAUAAUGGCUGAUUUAGUGCCUAAAUAAAUUACAAUCAUUGUAUUUCUAUAUAAACUUUAUUAUUCGUCAAUGAUUAUAAGUAAUUAUAAUCUUUAACUGAUAUAUUGAUAUAAAUUAACAUAAAAGCCAAAUUUUCAUACCAGA